CCCUAACUAUACAAUGUACCUCUCACUCUCAGACAGAUAACUGAGCGCUUCGCAAAAUAACCAUUUCUCUCUUUUGUCUCUCUCAUUUUCAACUCUCAACAAUGCCGCCGGCGAAGCGCAAAGCGGAGGGAACUGCUGCAGCUGCCGCUUCUUCUGCGGCGGCUCCGAUGAGAGUCACUCGUGCUGCGGCGAAGCGCGCCGCCGCGAGCUCCGACCCUCCGCCGGUGCCGGUGGUUAAGAAGGCGGCGAAGAAGGCCAAAGUUGCUGCUGCUGCUAAGAAGCAGAAAAGGAACGAAAAGGAAAAUGAAGAUGUUCCGGUUGAGAGCGAGAACAAAGCGGAAGAAAAAGAAGAAGGAGGAGACGCCUCCGAGAAGAACGUUCUAGACGCUUCCAACAAGACCAUCGUCGUCGAACACUGCAAGCAAUGUAACUCCUUCAAGACCAGGGCCAAUCUGGUGAAGGUCGGCCUUGAGAAGGCCGACAUUGGAAUCACUGUGAUUUUAAACCCUGAGAAGCCAAGGAAAGGAUGCUUUGAAAUACGGCAAGAAGGGGGUGGCAAGAAGUUCAUAACUCUCUUGGACUUGAAGCGUCCAUUUAAACCAAUGAAGGAUUUGGACAUGGACAAGGUCAUCUCGGACAUCAUUGAGGAAAUAUCAAAGACUAGUUGAUUUCAGCUGUUUUGCAAGAGCCUUUUUAUGGCUUGACUUACAGUGAAGCUAGAUAUAUUUUGUUCACAUGGUAGAAAUCCUACAAUGGAAACUUGUUCAAAAUGUGUUAUAGCCAUGUAUGGGAGUUUUAGUUUGAGGUGAGACAUCAUUUUGGAUAUGUUCCUUGUCUCGGAUAAGUACCAAUUUUAAUUUGCAUUUUGAGAUCGAAUUACUUGUUAUCAUCUCCAAUAUUUGUGUUUUUCUUA